AUGUCUUCGCAAUCCGACAAGAAAAGCUACACGGACGACUCUUCGCCGACUUUGAUUACCGGUGAAAACGGCCUACGAGCCAUGGAGUCUUCUGCAAAUGGAACAGUGUCUCCUCCUAUAGUGGACCCGGAAGUCGAGAGACAGGCGCUCAGAAGAUUUGACAUCUGGCUCUUGCCUCAGCUUGCUCUUCUCACGACCUUGGCAUACCUAGAUCGCACUAAUAUUGGCAAUGCCGCUGUCUUUGGAUUCUCUGAGGGACUCAAGCUCAAGGGGAAGGAGUUCAACAAUCUGGUCACUUUCUUCUACAUCACUUACAUCAUCUGUGACAUUCUUUGGGUUAUCUCGAUCAAGCGUUUCGGUGCCAAUCGAGUCCUCAGUGUUGCCAUUGUCGGUUGGAGCGCCACUACAAUCGGAACGGGCUUCUGCCAGAAUUACGGCCAAGCCAUGGCGUGCCGUCUUCUGCUUGGAGCCUUCGAGUCUGGCCUCUUGCCGAGCAUGAUCUUUGUCAUCUCCACAAUCUGGAACCGACACCAACAGGCCAAGCGUGUCGCCGUUAUUUACUGUGCAACUACCAUCUCGGGGGCCUUUGGCGGUCUCAUCGCCUACGGCAUCCAGACUAUGGGCACCAGACGAGGACUGGCACCUUGGAGAUGGCUAUUUAUCAUUGAAGGUGCAAUCUCUCUGGCAGUCGGAUUCGUCUCGGUAUUGACGAUCCCAAAAAGCGCUGACAAAGCCUGGUUUCUCAGUGCUGAGCAAACCGAGUGUAUGCGGCAAAAGAAGCAGCUAGACUCUGUGUUCAAGGGCGAGGAUAGGCUGAAACGACAGCAUAUUUGGAUGGCCCUGAAAGACCCUCUUGUCUACAUCACCGGUCUGACGCUCUUUUCUUCUUCCCUGCCGCUCUUAGGAUUUGGCACUUUCCUCCCGACCAUCAUCCUUGGCUUGGGAUACAAGUCUGUGCAGGCAAACUACCUGACCAUUCCAAUCUACAUCCUUGCAACGAUCUCAGUAGCGGUUGUGUCCUUUCUCUCGGAUCGUACACGCAAGCGGGCCCUGUUCCUGGUCAUCGUCCCGAUACCAGUCUUGAUCGGCUAUUCCAUCGCUCUCGGCACUGCGAGUGUCGGGCCUGGGUACUUCGCCAUGUUUCUCUGCGGGGCCGGGAUCUACCCGUUCAACUGUGUGAUGCUUGCCUGGUUCUCAAGCAACAUUGCGCCCGACUACAAGCGAUCGGUAGCCCUUCCGAUCGCGGCCUCCAUCGCUAAUGUCUCGGGCGUGCUAUCAGGUCAGAUUUACCCGGCCAAGGAUGGUCCGCGAUACAUCUCUGGAAAUGCGGUUUCAUUGGGUCUUGAAUUCGUUGCACUGGUCGGUGUCGGCGUAAUCGUGUUGCUUUUGAAGUGGCGUAUGGCUAGGAAGGCGAAAGCAUUGCAGGAGGGCAAGGAGAGCACCAGAGAGGGCGACGGUUCUCUAGAAUUCAAGUAUACAUUUUAA